AUGGAGAAUCUUGGAGCGGAUCCCAUCGUGAAAGAGAAUCCCGUUAUCCUUCCACUCGGAAGUGCUUCCCAGCCCGAGCUCCUUGAGAGGGACGAGGUCAAGUUGGCUCAGCCAUGGAAGGAACUCAUCGAAGAAAUCAACAAGGAGUCGAGCGUCAAGGGUGAUCCCUUCACACCGAGCAACGGCUUCAAUGAUCACUCACUCGCUGGCUAG